AUGGGCGGAGUGCCGUCCAUCCCCACCGACAAAAGCCGGACCGUGCAGGUCAUCAGCGCCGGCUACUCGCGCACCGGCACCGUGUCCAUGGCCCUGGCCCUGGAGAAGCUGCUUGACGGACCGGUCAUGCACGGGGGAACGCAUUUGUUUGGCCGAGAGGACGCAUAUGCCAAGCUCUGGUGUGACAUCUUUGCCAACCGCCACAACAAGCCCGUCCUGAUGAAGCUGCUCCGAGAGGCCACCGCCGGCUUCGUCGCCCUCACCGAUAAUCCCUCCAUUGUCUUUGUCUCGGAGCUGGCCGAGCUGUAUCCCGACGCCAAGGUGAUUGUUGUUGAGCGCGACGCUGACCGCUGGAUGAAGAGCAUGGAGUCCUUGCUCGAGGGGGCCAACAUGGACACUUGGUGGUUCGUCAAGCUGCUGGUGUGGCCUUGUCCGACGUGGAGGUGGGCGCCCAUCUUUUUGCAGGGGGUUCAAGACUGCGACGAGGAGCAUUUUGGAAUGUCAUGGAACAAGGGAUGGUCUGCUGAAACCCUGUCCGUAUACAACGGCUGGGUUCGCAAAAGCAUCGCCCCAGAGAGGCUCCUCACCAUGGAGCUCAAGGACGGCUGGGAGCCGCUGGCCAAGUUUCUCGGCAAGCCGGUUCCCGACGAGCCGUUUCCUCACGCCAACGACGGCGAGACGAUGCGGAAAUACGCCAAGAGCGUAUUCCGCACGGCGACGCUCGUGUGGGUGGGCAUUGUGGGCAGCGCAGCGAUGGGAGCGAGCAUCACGUAUAUGGCGUGGAAGAGGUGGUGAGGAUGCGUUUGUUGAUACCUGUGUCAUAUAUUGGCCGUAGGCCGGAGAGAUGGUAUAUACAUGUAUAUAUGUUUACAUGUAUAUACGUUUGAAUGGAUGAAUGAGUCGAGG